AAACGACAUUAAGCAAAGGGGCAUUUUGAUCUGAGAGGUCGUUUGGAACGAGUCCGUGUCUUUAUGGAGCAUCACCCACUACUCCAUUGUCGUUGAAAGUUGUUGGACCACUAGACAAUUGAGACAUCGUGACAUCCAAUUGUGAUGAUGACUAGAACGCCAAGAGGUCGAAGCGCAGUAGCUUGCAAAGCCUGCCAUACACAAAAGCUCAAGUGCAAUGGUGGAGCACCAUGCGAACGAUGUCAAGCCCGUGGACGGCCCUGCGUCUACCCUGUGAGAGAGAAAUACAUUACGGUGCCUCAAAGCUAUCUGAGAAGACUCGAGAGACAGCCAGCCGUAGCGCAGCGGUCGGGAGAAACAAUCUCAUCGCCAGAGUCGGUGCGUACGGAAUCAAAUGAUUUUCCGACGCCACUCUCGCCCAAAUCUAGUCAGAUUAUCAAAGAAGAAGAACUGGAAGAUUGCAGCGCAGAAUUCUUCGUGAAAAGGCUACGACAACUCUCGCGGACAGCAGCAUCCGGUGAUCCAAACAACAAACAGGCCAAAGAGUCUUCAAGUGCAAGUGCUGAUAGUUACACAUAUUCCCGGCUGAAGUUCGAUUUCCUACAGUCUGAAGUCUCCUUCCGACUUCCGCCGCGACCAUAUGCAUUCCACCUACUCCAAGCUUUUGAUGAAGGCUUCAGCGAAUAUCAUUGGUUUCUCCGCAAGAGGUUCCGGGAAAGGAUACUCUUGACAUACUCGGACCCGCAGUCGCAAUCCCAUGAUCGCAACUGGCUGUGCAGGGUCUCGGUCGUCCUCGCUCUCGCAGAGAGCUGGAACCGAUCGCGAAUGUCAUCAGCUGUGCACAUGGACCUUGCAGGGAAGCAUCCGGCUAGUCCACCUCAAAAAGAAGCGGCUGUCCCUUUGACUUUGCCUCCACAUUCGCAGUCAACGUCGCAAACACUGCCGCCACCUCCCGGGUCCGACCUCUUCGAACAAGGGCUGAUGCUACUGAAAAUGUCCGCGGAAGAGCCAGUGCCUGAAGAUGUUGAAGCACUUUGCUUAAUCGCCUUCUACUGUUACUCACUCAACCGACGUAAAACGGCUUACUCGUACGCCAGUCAGAGCGUAGCACUCGCCAAGCUCUUGCAUCUCCACAAGCCACAUCCUCUGCCCAAGGCACCAGACCAGCAGCGCCAAGUACGCGUGAUGAACGAGCAUAGAAAACGGCUUUGGUGGACAUCCUACUGCAUGGAUAGGAUGAUAUCAACUGAGCUUGGCGUCGCUGCCGCCGUGUCCUGUGUGCCGGAAGGCAUACAACUCCCGUCAUCUGCCGGACUAGAUGCCGAAGACCUCGAAGAAUUUUCUGAUCCGGGACUUUUGACGAUGCAGACUCAGCUCUGUGAGAUCAAACGCAAUGUUGUCAGAACUGCAGCUCAGCAUGUCGACGUCGAUGACGAGCGUCGGCUGGAAGUAAUCAAACCAUGUCUUGAUACCCUGCAGCAGUGGAGAUCAAGUCUGCCGCAACAGGUCGCUUUCGCUUUUGAGGAGAGCCUGCCUACGAGAUUGAUGGAAGCACCUCAUGGCAGGAUUCUGGCAUCCACCUACAUGCGAUAUCAUCAGUGCUUCAUCCUCUUGUUGAGGCCGCUCUAUCUUCAAAAAUUAUCCUUGAUCGUUCAAAAGCGGCGGUUGAACAACCCUCUGAGUCUCACCAACCCCGGCACACCAUUAGAUGUGGACGAUCCGAUAAGAGCAGUCAAGAUACAGUGUCUUCAAGCCGCCAGGAACAAUUGCAAGAUAUUAUUGGGACUCUGGAAUUAUGAUAAGAUUGCAAAAUUCGGAUACUGGGAAUCCCUGCACCUGUUUUCUGGCCUCGCAAUUCUGGCCCUCGCCCGAGUCUCGAUCAAGGAAGGGAAAGACUUCAACCCAAACAGCGAAGACGACGUGGCACUCUACACGCGGACCAGAGCACUGCUUAAAGAAAUGGCUCGCGUCGGUAAUCCUGCGGCCAAAGACCACGAUCUCCUGCUCUCUGACGUCGAGGCAAUGGUGAAGAGAAUUUCACGAGAGGAAAGAACAACACCACUGCAAUCUAGUGUCGAGGAGACUGAAGGCAAUGUGGGAAUGGAGACUGAUCUGGGUUUCUCUGAUUUCAUGUUUUCGGAUGGAAGUGCUGACCAACAGAUUUGGAGUGAUAAGGACUGGGAAAGUAUCUUGAGUACGUAUACACAAGACAUAUGAAUAAAUGGAGAACUUGAUACUUCAGACUCCUCGGUGCGAACAUCAAGUGCAAUGUUUAGGCCACUUUCUGUAGACCAUGCCCUACUAGUACUUUGUAGUAAAUCUCAGGGAGAAACAACCCUUCUGUAAAAUGAACGCU